UCCUUCUGUAUAAUAUCAGGGGGAUUUGCUCCCUUCACUGAAGAAGUGGCUUGGGUGCUUAUUCAGGCACUUCUCUCCUCCUGCUCGGACUAUUGCGGAUCCUUCCUUGCUAAAGCCCCACUGUCCAGCUCAUUAAGAAUGCUUCUGCCCACCUGUUUAACCCCCAUAACCUUUCUCACAUUGCUACACUUCUCAGUUUGCUACACUAGGACCAAACACGUCUUUGUUUGGGAGGGAUGAUGCAUUUUUUCGAUGACGUCUAGCUCUUGUUCAACUCAAGUUUGAAUGCACUUAUUAUAAGUUGCUUUGGACAAACAUCUCAGCCAAGUGAACAUAAUGUCAUGGUUUCUAAUGACUGCAUUUGACGGUGGUGAUUUUAACAGUAAAACGAGCCACAGGAGCCUUCUCUUUAGUGGGAUGCAUUUUCAUGCUGUAUGUGAUCUGGCUGCUUCGCAAGUAUCACUCUUUGGCUCAGAAGAUGAUUCUCAGCCUGACUGUAGCUGCCUUCUUUGACAGCAUAGCAUAUGUCAUGGGUGAGUCACAUCCGGAGGGGUCGCUUUGCGAUUUCCAGGCCUGGUGGCUAACGUACUUUGACUGGAGUGCCUUGGCCUGGGUGUGCCUCAUCACGCUGAACUUGUACCUCAACCUGGUCAGAGAAGUAAGCACCAACAGAUACGAGAUGUUGUACCAUCUGAUGGCGUGGGGGGUACCUCUGGUCAUGGCCUCUUUGCCACUGCUAAAGCGCUACUACGGUCCCGCGGGAGCCUGGUGCUGGAUCACAGACAAUCACGUAGCCUGGAGAUUUGGGAUAUGGUACGUGCCUCUGUUCAGCCUCAUCUUCCUGAUGAUCUGCUGCUACGCCAGGAUCAUCUACGUGGCCAACAAGAGGAUGCAGUCAUGGUUGGGAACCUUUAAUCCAGAAAGAGAGAGACGAAAGGUUUCCUUGGCUGAGGAGAUCAAGCCGCUGAAGUGGUAUCCCUCUGUUUACCUGCUGGUGUCUAUCUUUCCCCUCGUCAACAGGCUCCAUAAUGCCUUGUACCCUCAGGAUCCGUCCUUCUCUCUCACCCUGUUGCACGUUCUAUCAGCACCACUCCACGGAUUGGCCAAUGCCUUUGUCUUUGGCCUGGAUAGGGACUGGCGGAGCCUAUUGAGCCCUACUGGCAUGCAGCUGGCUCUGCAGUCGCGGCUGUGUGACAGGACUCGGAUCGGAGAGUACCACCCCGGGGCGGUGCGCUACACGCAGGCUGACCUGGCCGACCUCAGCGAUGACGACGACGAUGACACCAACGUGCUCUUCUACUCUCCUGACAUGACCCUGAAAGACAGAGGGCCCUGAGAGACAGGCCUGGGGGUGGGGGGGAGACAAAAGAGCUGGAGGAAAGGAGAAUGAAGGAGGGUCACAGCCGGGGAGAAGCGCAGCGGAUUAGAAACUGAGAAGGAGGAACAAGAGGUAGGGAGGGAAUGGAAAGGAAGAUUGGAGGGACAGUCAGGCAGAUAGAAGCCGGAGAUGAGCUGUCAGGUUCCAUUAUUAAUCCCCAUCCUUUACUAUUUAAUAUCCUAAAGUCUCACACACACACACACACACACACACAUAUACUGAGCUGAGCUGCAGCUCCCUGCAAUCCUACCAUCAGACAGGAGCAAGAAAAGAGCAGAUCUAAAGAUCCUCCUAAUGUUAAAGGCAUCUGCUGCAUCCCAGAGGUCUUGAAAUGAUUUCCCUCUCUGCACUGCCUCUCUUCAUCCCUGCGUUCUGUAGCGUUUUUAGCUCUGGCGCUUUGGAACAAAAAUUUAAAAAAAAAGACAUAAAGGACUGCUGAAAAGCAAUCAUAACAGGGUGUUAUUUUAGCAUUCGCAGCAAUUACCUUUUCACUUCUCUGCAGGGGAUGAGGUGAAAAGCAGGCCUCUUUAAAAGCACCCUGUGUGUCAGGCGUGAAAGCAUCUACGUCCGUGUGGAGACUGAUCUGACAGACCCAACAGUUUUCUGUUUGGGUGGGGGGGGGUGUCAAGUAUUCUACAUACAGGAGGGACAGGAGGCGGUUUUAAAAACAGACAAGGUGGCUAGUUAGGGCAAAUAAGUCCCAAAGCACAAGUGUCUCUUGCAGGGUCUCUCCUUCCUCAAACAGUAUUUGUUUUUCCGUUUGUCUUUGCAUAAGGAAUUACUGUUGAUGCAACUUUCACACAAGUAUUCCUUUGAAAGGAAUUAUUUUGUAUUUUUAUGGAACACUGCAUUUGUUUGUUGUAUUUAUAACAGAUCCAUGUACUGUAUAUAUUUAAGUGUACACUCUAUUUUUGUAUGUGCCUUGGACUGGAAUGUGUAGAAAAUGUUCCUCUUGGUCCAAACCUGCUGCUCUGGCGUGACAGUCGAGUAGAACCUGACUUGAUUCAUGUGUAGCCUUAUGAACAACUUGAAAAACAAUAUGUUAAAAAACAAAUACAUGCUCCUUUUAAGGUGCCUGUCAAAACAGGUUGGAAAGAUGACACACACACACACACACACACCGUAGUUAUGGCCUUUAAUGGAUCAUUGUCUCGUGGCCGUUGUCAGCGGUGCUGAGCUGUGAUUGGCAGGAUAAUAGAGUCACUUUAUAUUCAGCCUCAGCCCGUUUGGUUUUUGCCCAUAUCAAGGUGGUUUCAUCGCUGUCGCUGUGCACUUCCGGCUGUCAGCUGCCUCUCUGACACGUUGAACUAAUGAACCGGCCCCUGACCCUUUUCACCCUUGAGUUGUUGAGCUUUUCUGCUGGGCUUCAGUGAUACCAGAAUGCAACUUUGGUUUGCAUUUCGCAGAAUCCCUCCACUGUGCUACACACACACACACACACACACACACACACACACACACACACACAACUGCACUGUGCCCCUACCCCUCUUUCGGUACUGUUUCUGGUUUUACUUGACUGUGCACUCCAUCAAAUAAAUGAGCAGGAGAGACAUUUCAUAACAAA